GUGACCGUUAAGAUGUGAGGGCGAAAUAAAGAGGUUCUAGUUCUCUGGGUGAGAAGAACGACGGAGAACGUGUGAAGGAACGAAGAUGACCGUGUUUGAGGUUAGCAACCAGCUAAUAGAAAACACGGUGGAGAAGAUGAGCGAGAACCUGCCGUCCAUGGUUCUAGCAGCGACCGCGUUCACCCUCACGGUGGCGUACCUGUCUAAGAUUCUGUUCGGGCAGCAGCAGAGAGAGGACGGCCCCGAGGAGGCGAAGUACCCUCCCUACAUCCCGUCCAGCGUGCCCUUCCUGGGUCAGGCCAUUGCGUUUGGGAGAAGCCCCAUCGAGUUUCUGGAGAACGCGUAUGAGAAGUACGGCCCCGUGGUCAGCUUCACGAUGGUGGGGAAGACCUUCACCUACCUGCUGGGAGGCGACGCUGCGGCUCUGCUCUUCAACAGUAAGAACGAGGAGCUCAACGCCGAGGACGUUUACUCCCGACUCACGACCCCCGUCUUCGGGAAGGGGGUCGCCUACGAUGUCCCCAACCCGGUGUUCCUGGAGCAGAAGAAGAUGCUGAAGACGGGCCUGAACAUCGCCCACUUUAAACAGCACGUGGAGAUCAUCGAGGAGGAGACGAGGGAGUAUUUCAAGCGCUGGGGGGACAGCGGAGAGAAAAACCUGUUUGAGGCUCUCUCUGAGCUCAUUAUUCUAACGGCGAGCAGGUGUUUACACGGCCGAGAGAUUCGCAGCAUGCUGGACGAAAAGGUGGCGCAGCUCUACGCAGACCUGGAUGGAGGUUUUACCCACGCUGCCUGGCUCCUGCCGGGCUGGCUGCCCCUGCCCAGCUUCAGGCGGAGAGAUCGAGCUCACAGAGAGCUGAAGAAGAUCUUCUACAAAGUGAUCGAGAAGCGCAGACAGACGGAGGACAAGGAGGACGACAUUCUGCAGACGCUCAUCGACGCCACGUACAAAGACGGACGUCCCCUGAAUGAUGAUGAAAUUGCAGGGAUGCUGAUUGGUCUGCUGUUGGCGGGUCAGCACACGUCCUCCACCACCAGCGCCUGGCUUGGCUUCUUCCUGGCACGAGAUCGCCCCCUGCAGGACCGCUGCUACAAAGAGCAAAAACAAGUCUGUGGAGAAAACCUGCCUCCUCUCAACUAUGACCAGCUGAAGGACCUGAACCUGCUGGAUCGAUGCCUGAAGGAGACCCUGCGGCUCCGGCCGCCCAUCAUGACCAUGAUGAGGAUGGCGAGAUCUCCUCAGAAGGUGGGGGGCUACACCAUCCCAGUGGGACACCAGGUGUGCGUGUCCCCGACAGUGAACCACCGUCUGCAGGACACCUGGAUCCAGCGUCUGGAAUUUAACCCUGACCGCUACCUGGGAGAAAACCCCGCCGGCGGAGAGAAGUUCUCCUACAUUCCCUUCGGAGCAGGUCGUCAUCGCUGCAUUGGGGAGAACUUCGCCUACGUGCAGAUAAAGACCAUUUGGUCUACGAUGCUGCGUCUGUACGAGUUUGACCUGGUGGACGGAUACUUCCCCACCGUUAACUACACCACCAUGAUCCACACGCCCAACAACCCGGUCAUCAGAUACAGACGGAGAGAACAGCACUGACCGCAGAGUGGACUUCAGCAGUUCACCACACCUGGACUCACUUUAGCACCUUCACACAACACGGACUGAGAGCGGAAAACUGCAGGGACGUUUUCAUCAGUUCUUUAUUUACUCUGUUAGUCUCUGUUAGCACUAAUCGAGUAGACACACAGCUGCGUGCAAAAGUUUGGGCACUCCUGGUCAAAGUCUAUGUUUUUGUUCAUUUUCCGAGUGUGAAUAAAUUAACACACCCUCUACAGAGAACAUACUUCUGCGCACAGUUACUGUUUAUUUACUGAAUUUAACAAGUUUCAGAAUGAUGAAGAUGAUAAAGCAUUGAAUGCGGCCUGUAAAAAAAAGUUGUGGCACUUUUUAAAUUUCAUAUUUUAUUUUUUACCCAGUUUGUUGAACUAAAUGUUGAGUAAACACAGAUUGUGCACUAAAAUGUGCAGAAGAAGUGCCCUUUUUAAGCCUGUUCUCCAGAGGAUGUUUUACCUUUUUUUCACUUAACGUGGAAUUUUAUCUGGAACGUUCAAACUUUUGCACACGACUGUAUACGAUGCAGUGUGAAAGGUUUUUUUUGUACAGUUGGUGAAGUUUCUCUUUAAUCAGAGUAUUGAUUUGGUGUUGCUGAUAUUUCUCCAAUACACUACACUAAAGUCUAUAUGAAGUUUUGCAAAGAAAAUGAUUUUGCACACUGGAGGAAUUCAAGUUUUGGUUGAGUUAUUGCUUUAAAAGCAAGUGCCUUAAUCCCACCAUCCGUUUCACUACUGUUUUUUAACAUGGCCCGCCCACUUGACCUGGUUAUAAGUCACAACAAUGGAAUAUUUAAAACACUUCCUGGUGGGGGUGGGCGAUUUGAGAUGAAACUCAGAGACAUACUCAGAAUAUUUUACAGUGUGGCAGUAUUUCUUUUUGCUGAGGUUUAAUACAGAAGGUCUAGAAGUGGCAUUAAGGACCAGCAGUGCCACAUUAAAAAAAUACUAACCUAUAAAUACAUUUUUAUUCACUGUUGCACUUUUGCAGUAGAUCCAGUUAAACUGGACUAACUGCUCUCUCUGUAGCGCAGCGGGCAGGUCAGUGUUCUUCAGAUACUGACCACAUCCAUGAUAUGCUCAGAAAAAAGUAAUUGUGAUGUAAUUCAUCAUGAUAACCAUAAAAUCCCGUCAUACUGGCCACUCCCUACUUAAUAUUUCAAAGCUAUAACAUUUAAUUUGCUGUUAAUACUGAGUUUAAGGUAGCAAACAACUCCAUUAUACAUGCUGGUACAACUCCGUCAUUUUACUCUGCUAGCUACUCUCCAACUGACCAUGUGCACUAAGUAAUGUUUACUGAUGCAUUUGAAGUGGGAGUCACAGAGUCAAUAACCAAACACAGAGUUCAUAACAAUACACACAGUUCAUAACCAUACAGAGUUCAUAACCACAUAGAGUUCGGGGCUGCAUAUACAUAUACACAUAUAUAGGUGUGUGUAAUCCAGACAAUCCCAUAGUGUGAGCAGGUACGUCUCUACAUUAGAGGCACACUGGCCCCGUGCUGAGAGCAGCCAAUAAAAAAUAAUACACUUAUUUACGUCCAGAUGUUUAGUGAACUUGGAAAAUGUAAUAAAGCUAAAUAUGGUACCAGCCAUUAGAGCAGAAAUUAGAGAUUAAACGUUAGUGACCACACCAGCCAGAGGAUUUCAACAUCAUUCAGUCUGGAAAGGAUAGAAACUGCUCCUUCAGUCCAGAGAGGUUCAAGAGAAAAACAUGGCUAACUGUGAGUGUUAAAACCCUCCAACUGACCAUGUGCACUAAUGUAAUGUUUACUGAUGCAUUUAUACGGUGUAAAAUAUUUACGUGGGGGUGAAAAGUCAACGCUUUAAAAAAGCUUUCAAACUUUGCAUUAAACAUCUGUGACGAUCACUGUGAGAAUGGAAAUAAACAUUGCCUUUUAUUAUUAA